CGUUGGCCUGUCCCCCGCCGGUCUCAGUCCGGGGCCCGGAGCCGGAGCGCACGAUGACCGUCCUCCAGAGGCUCGCGCGGGCGCUCGGGCACCGCAUCCCCGCCAGCCGCUGGGGGCCCACGCUGGCCGAGGCCGAGGGCGGUGUGCGCGGCCUGGCCACCAGCGCUCGCGCCCGCGCCAAAUUCUACGCGGAUCCCGUGGAGGCCGUCAAAGACAUCGCGGACAGGGCCAAGAUCAUGGUCAGCGGCUUCGGGCUCUGCGGGAUUCCAGAGAACCUGAUUCAGGCGCUGCUCCGCACGUGCGUCAGCUUGACCGUGGUCAGCAGCAACGUGGUGGACGAUUUUGGGCCGGGCCUGUUACUGGAGGCCAAGCAGAUCGCCCGCCUCAUCUGCUCCUUUGUUGGGGAGAACACGCUGUGCAAGCGCCGGUACCUGGCGGGCGAGCUGGAGCUGGAGCUGGAGCUGACGCCCCAGGGCACCCUGGCCGAGCGCAUCCGUGCCGGGGGCGCCGGGGUGCCCGCCUUCUACACGCCAAUGGCCUACAGGACCCUGGUUCAGGAGGGAGGCGCCCCCAUCAGGUCCGCGCCCGAUGGCCACAUGGCCAUCAUGAGCCAGCCCCGAGAGGUGAGGGAGUUCCACGGACACCACUAUCUUCUGGAGUAGGCCAUCACUGCUGAUUUUGCUUUGGUGAAGGGGUGGAAGGCCGACCGCGCUGGGAACGUCAUCUUCAGAAAAAGUCCCAGGAAUUUCAACGUGCCCAUGUGCAAAGCUGUGGAAACCUCCGUGGUGGAGGUGGAAGAAAUCGUGGAUGUGGGGACCUUUGCCCUCGAAGACAUCCAUGUUCCUAACAUUUAUGUCGACCGCGUGAUUCAGGGAGAAAAACACGAGAAAAGAAUUGAGCAUCUAGCCCUCAGGAAGGAGCACGAUGAAAAAGCCGAGUCUGCAGAUGACCCCGGCGCCCGAAUUGUCAAGCGGGCAGCUCUUGAAUUUGAGGAUGGCAUAUAUGCCAAUCUGGGCAUAGGAAUCCCGCUCCUGGCCAGCAACUACAUCAGCCCAGACAUGACUGUUCAUCUUCACAGUGAACAUGGCAUCCUGGGCUUGGGGCCGUUCCCACCCAAAGAUGAGGUGGAUGCAGAUCUCAUCAACGCGGGCAAGCAGACGGUGAGCAUUUUCCCCAGGGGCUGUUUCUUCUCCAGCGAUGACUCAUUCGCCAUGAUUCCAGGCGGGCACCUCGACCUCACCAUGCUGGGAGCCAUGCAGGUCUCCAAAUACGGUGACCUGGCUAACUGGAUGAUACCCGGGAAGAAGGUGAAAGGCAUGGGGGGGGGGGGCAUGGACUUGGUGUCCAGUCCCAAGACCAGAGUGGUGGUCACCAUGGCGCACUGCACCAAGGCCAAUGAACCCAAAAUCUCAGAGAAGCAUACCAUGCUGCUGACCGGGAAGCGCUGUGUGGACCGGACCAUCACUGACAAGGCCGUGUUCGACGUGCACAAGAAGAAAGGCCUGACGCUGAUUGAGCUCUGGGACGGGCUGACCGUGGACGUCGUCACAGAGCACGGGCAGCCCUUCGCCGUGUCACCGAACCUCAGACCCAUGCAGCAGGUGGCUGCCUGACCCAGGGAAGGAAGCCCUGGUCAGAGGGUGUGUUUCACUUUCGCCACUGCCUCUCACCCAGAGGGGGUGUCAUCACGCCUGUCCGUUCGUCUGACCGGUUCUC